ACUUGGACGUGUAAAGAACGGAAAAAAGGCACCGACGCCCGAGUCAUUUGAAGGGAGAAAAAGAACCAAGAAGAUCAAAUCAAACUGAGAGAGAGAGAGGAGAGAGAGGAGACCAUGGCAAAAUCGAAAUAUUACGCGUGGGCAGCAGCGAUCGCGAUCUUCAUCGUUCUGAUGAUCGUAACUCCUUCAAUCCCUCAGUCCCAAGACUACCACGACUUCGCCGAUCAGCGCACCUUGUUCUUCGGAAUACCUAAUACACUAAAUGUGAUUUCAAACUUUCCUUUCCUUAUAGUGGGAAUGAUUGGGCUUAUUCUUUGCCAUUACAGAAAUUAUUUGAAGUUGAGCCUGCAGGGUGAAUUAUGGGGUUGGUCGUGCUUCUUUAUUGGUGUAGCUGCUGUUGCUUUUGGUUCAUCUUAUUACCAUCUAAAGCCAAAUGAUUCUCGACUUGUCUGGGAUCGCCUACCUAUGACUAUUGCAUUCACAUCAAUCAUGGCAAUCUUCAUCAUUGAGAGGGUUGAUGAGAAGACAGGAGCAACAUCUAUCAUACCUCUUCUUGUGGCUGGCAUAUUGAGCAUUUUAUAUUGGAUAACCUUUGAUGACCUUAGGCCAUAUGCAGUUGUGCAGUUUGUUCCUUGCAUUGUUAUACCUUUAAUGGCUAUAUUGAUGCCUCCGAUGUAUACACAUUCUACUUACUGGCUAUGGGCAGCAGUUUUUUAUCUGUUAGCGAAAGUGGAAGAGGCUGAAGAUAAAGUUAUUUACAAAUGGGCUCAUCAUAUUGUCAGUGGGCAUACCCUUAAGCAUCUCUGUGCUGCUAUGGUUCCUGUAUUCUUGACACUCAUGCUUGCAAAGAGGAGCAUUGAACCCGAGAGGAAAAGUUUAUUUGAAACAUGGAAAUUUUACUGGAUAAAAGUGAAAGAUGACGAGUACAAAACACAGAGCUUUGACUGUGAGUAUGCUGCUGUAAGAACUAGUGAACCGUGAUAACCGUCAGGAGUUCUAUACAAUGUGAGAUUUGUGAUGCUACAAAGGGGAUUUUAGAUUUUAGUAUGUCGCAUAUAUAUUGAGUUUCAUUGUAAAUAGUAUAACACUGAAAAGAUUUCAGUUGAAUGUACACAGAUGAACAAAACCGUUGAAUUAUAAACACACACGCACACAAAUCGUAUUGCCUAUAUCUUAAAGCUCA